AUGGCAUCAGAUACAGCACGGCAAACGGAGAGUGAGCUUCCAAUCCAUCCUGGUCAUGUUAUUAGAUCGGAUAGUACUAUUAUUAAUUCAUCACAAUCUAUUAUUUCAAGAUACCUUAUUCCAUCAAAUCCAUUCCAACCCACUACAACUCCAAAUGUUCAGCCAAUGCGACGAUUGCAUGUGCUGCGCUCAAGUCAGCUGGAUGCAGAUCUGUUGAACAAUGAAUUAAAAGGCUUGCUUUCAGAACAAGUAACCAGCAUAUUCUCCAUGUUCAAGACAAAUAUCAAAAGCAAGUUUGAACCUGAAAUUAAUGCAAUCUUGGAAUGGUUAAUAUCCGAAUCGACAUUGUAUGCUUCAGGGACGACUUAUGCAUUGCAACUACAAAACCUUGUAUAUCGUAAUGAACGCCAAUUAUCAUAUGCUGGAGAACUUUCAUCAUUUAAUUCCCCAAUCUCUAAAUUCCAAAAAACUAUGCACGCUAUUUUAAAUAUUGGUGGUACUUGGAUUCACGCAAGAUUAGCCAGAUACAUGACUAAACAUAGAUGGAGUGAUAGGGCAGAGAUUGAUUCAAGAUACAUGAUUUGGAAAUUGAUACAGCGAUUGGAGUUGGCAUUCAAAAUUGUAUCAGUGGCGAAUUUCUUGGUGUUUCUUUAUAGUGGGCGAUAUAGGUCUCUUCUUGAUCGCCUUUUAGGAAUGAGAGUGGUUUACUUUCAAAAGACAAUGUCUCGGAUGAUUAGCUUUGAAUUUAUGAACCGUCAGCUUGUCUGGCAUACAUUCACAGAAUUUUUACUGUUCAUCAUCCCAUUUAUCAACAUCAACGCAGUAAAACGAGCAUUACAAAAGCAAUUCACGCAACCACGGCGAUUGGAUCUUCCACCUCAUCUCUGUGUAAUUUGCCAUAUAAAAAACAGUGCUUCGUUGGUGCUUCAUGUACCAUAUCAAACAAACUGUGGACACAUAUUUUGCUACUACUGCAUCAAAACAGAAAUGAUGAUGGACGCCUCAUAUGCGUGUCCGCGAUGUGGGGUCACAGUCAAGAGUAUUUCUAGAUACGCUAAUUUUAUCCCAUCUACCUAAUUUUUGAUUUGGUUUUACAGCCGUAUUCACGUAAAAUGGAACUUGUAUUUAUCUUGCAGUGAUUGUUUUGGAAUAAACAAUGGUUAAAUGUGUGUUGUUAG